UUGCUAAGGCUGGGUUUAACGUGAAGUAUAAAGGGAAUAUCAUGGGCGCUGUGGUCGCUGUUUAUGUUUACGUAUAGGACUGUCAUUGGAGUUGUGGGCAGUGAACUGCCCCUAAACUUUCUCACUGUCCUUCUUCGGUGGCGACUCUUAUAUAUGACCGUUUUAUCAAUGUGCCACCCGCCCAAUGGAAAAGGGUCUGCAGUGUGGAAAGGCGAGCGUCCCUUUACUACUGUUGCUGCUCUUGCUACGAGCUGUGAACGGCACUUGCAGCGAGCUGGCUGCUACUUCCUCUGUAGGGCCUGUGGCUAGGGAGACUGGGCUUGGUAGCGUUGCAGCGGAGGUAACAGUGGAGGAUGACGAAUAUGCAGGCUGGGGUGAUGGAGACGAGCAGGUCGGCCAGACUAGCGGAGAGACCAGUGGAAAAAGGUCUCUUGUGAUCAUCAGCACUUUAGAUGGUCGAAUUUCUGCCUUAGACCCAGAAAACGAUGGCAGGAAACAAUGGGACCUGGAUGUGGGCUCCGGAUCUCUGGUGUCUUCGAGCCUCAGUAAGCCUGAGGUUUUUGGAAACAAGAUGAUCAUCCCAUCUUUAGAUGGAGCCCUGUUCCAGUGGGAUAGGGACCGGGAGAGCAUGGAAGCUGUUCCUUUCACUGUGGAGUCCCUCUUGGAAUCAUCCUACCGCCUCAGAGAAGACACUGUGCUGGUGGGAGGAAAAUCUCUUACCACCUAUGGUCUAGGUGCCUAUAGUGGCAAGUUGAGGUACAUCUGCUCUGCAGUGGGCUGCAGCCGGUGGGAUGAGAAUGAGCCAGAGCCAGAGGACGUGCUAUUGCUUCAGAGAACGCAGAAGACUGUACGGGCUGUAGGACCACGCAGUGGUAACGAAAAGUGGAAUUUUAGCGUGGGGCAUUUUGAACUUAGGUUUGUUCCAGAAGUCCAACCUGGGGUGAAUUUCUUAGAAGGGGAUUCCCACAGCAACAGUGUUAAAGAUGAUACAAAGGUAAUUCGGGAGGAAGAAGAUCCUGCUGCUGAAAUGAAGGAUAUGGUGAUCAAGGUCUCUGUGGCUGACUGGAAGGUUAUGGCCUUCAAUACAAAACAUGGUGGGAAGCUGGUUUGGGAGCAUCAGUUCUGCACUCCCAUUGCUUCAGCAUGGCUGGUAAAAGAUGGAAAGGUGAUUCCCAUUAGCCUGUUUGAUGAUACUAGCUACACCUCACGCAAUAGCGAGAUUCUAGAGGAUGAAGAAGACAUUGUAGAAGCAGCCCGUGGAGCCACAGAGUCCAGCGUGUACCUAGGCAUGUUUAGAGGACAGCUGUACUUGCAGUCAUCAGUGCGCAUUUCUGAGAAGUUCCCUUCAAAAUCAAAUGCACUAGACAGCAAGAGCAACGAGAAUGGGGUUAUCUCCCUGCCUACAGUCAAGUGGAAGCCACUGAUCCAUUCACCCUCAAGGACCCCUGUCCUGGUGGGUUCGGAUGAGUUUGAUAAAUGUUUGAACAAUGAUAAAUUCUCCCAUGAGGAAUACAGCAAUGGAGCCCUGUCCAUCCUACAGUAUCCUUAUGACAACGGAUACUAUUUCCCAUACAGCAAACGCUACAGGGGUCGGAGAGAGACUCAAGUGAGUGUUCUCAUGCACCAGGACCCAUCUCGUGUGGAGCCACGCCAGAAAGAUCCAGUGCUACUGCUCCCCUGGUGGAAGGAGAUCAUUGGCACCAUUGUCUUCUGCAUUGCAGCAACUACCUACAUUGUGCGAAAGUUCUUCCAUCCAAAUUCUGUCCACAUAAGCAGACAAAGAAAGGAGUCUGAAACCCAGUGCCAGACUGAUAGCAAAUUUGAUGAGGGUAAUGAGGAGUCCCGUGACAUCUGUGGCAUUGAUGGCAGGAGCAGUGAAUACAUCUCAAGGUAUCUUACAGAUUUUGAGCCAGUUCAAUGUCUUGGACGUGGAGGGUUUGGAGUUGUUUUUGAAGCCAGAAACAAAGUGGAUGACUGCAACUAUGCCAUUAAGAGAAUAAGGCUACCUAACCGGGAGCUGGCAAGAGAGAAGGUGAUGAGAGAGGUGAGGGCCUUAGCCAAGCUUGAACAUCCUGGCAUUAUUCGAUACUUUAAUGCCUGGCAAGAAACACCACCAGAAGGAUGGCAGGAAGAGAUGGAUAAGCGUUUGCUCAAGGAUGCCAGCACCACAGACUGGCCCCUGAGCUCACCAGAUCAGUUGGAGGCAUUAUCUGUAAAAGUGCCUGUCCCAAAGCAGGUUUCAUCAGAGGGACCCUCUGAACGUUCCCCUCCAGUUUUUGCAAAUGGACAUGGCACAUUCUGUGCCCUGGCUGCGGGUCAGCCAGUCAUUCCUCCUAGUCUUUUCUUCCAUACAGAUUCCAUCUCCACAACAACAAACAAAGAGGCUGGUAAGGCCACAAUGGACAGCUUUUUGUCAGAGGGGGACAGCCAAGGAGAACUGGAGCUUUCAGAUUCCCCUAAUUCCUUUGAAUUUUGUCCUCCACGGCCUGCCGAUGAGCGAACUUCCUCUUCUUUCGAUAUUGUCUUUGAGGACUCGGGCUGUGACAACUCUUCAAAUUCUGCAGACCCAGCCCAUUCUGAUCAGGGCAGCCGCAGCACGUUUACAGAGCGCCCCAACUCAGAGUCUAGAACUCAGGAAGUAAACUGCAGCAGCAUUGCAUGUCCUGUACCCUCCUCUCAUUCGCCACCAAGGCCCACCAGCCUCAACCUAUGUGUAUCAUCCGUUCCUGUUGAGCAUGCCAAGCUGCCAUCACCAAAGGUCUACCUGUACAUUCAGAUGCAGCUGUGCCGCAAAGAGAACUUAAAGGACUGGAUGAGUAAGCGAUGCCUCAUGGAACAGAGGAACCAUGUGGAGUGCCUGGGCAUCUUUCUGCAAAUUGCAGAGGCUGUCCAAUUCCUUCACAGUAAGGGCCUUAUGCACCGUGACCUCAAGCCAUCAAACAUUUUCUUCACGAUGGAUGAUGUGGUGAAAGUAGGAGAUUUUGGUUUAGUGACUGCCAUGGAUCAAGAGGAUGAUGAAGAAGCUGCUGUGCUUACACCAAUGCCCUUGUAUGCCAGGCACACUACCCAAGUGGGCACUAAGCUGUACAUGAGCCCUGAACAGCUUUCUGGCAACUUGUACUCUCACAAAGUGGACAUCUACUCUCUAGGCCUUAUCCUUUUUGAGCUGCUCUGUCCUUUCAGCACACAAAUGGAGAGAGUUCGGACUUUAAUGGAUGUAAGAAAUCUCAUAUUUCCAUCAGAGUUUUCACAAAAGUACAAGCAAGAGCAUGAUAUGAUACAGAAGAUGUUAUCUCCUUGCCCAAGUCAGAGACCAGAGGCAGUGGACAUCACGGAGACUCCCGUAUUUCAGGACCUGGAGAUCCCCAGCAGACUCAUCCUGAGGCAGCGAUCUCGAACCUUCAGCUCUUCUGGGAAUCGUCAUUCCCGGCAGCCUAGUAGCUGAAAGGAUUGUCCCUCAAGAGUUAAGGGGUCAGGAAUGGCAUGGAGGUUUGUGGCAGCUUCCUGACUUCACAGACAGCCACUUACUCUGUCUUCCAGUAAUAUCUGACUUUUGAGGUCCACAUUCUAAUUUUGUAUUUACUGCUAGCACCACCCAUUCUGGAAUGUGUGCACGUGUAGAGACUUCGGUAUUUCUUUUGUCUGCAAUAUUCUCUGGCAGAGUAAAUGGAGACCUCUUUUCAUACAAAGGACUGUAUCCACUUAACCACACUUUAAGCACUAUUCAUGACAUCUUGCAAAAAAUACAUUUUAUACUCAAAUGGUUAACCAAAAACAACAUUGUCGCAGCAAAGGUGUCUUCCUACACAUCAUGAUGUCUAAGAUUUGAAAAAGUUAACUUUGCAGCUAGGAUACUGACAUUUCCCCAUGCACUUGCUUUUGAACACAGCCAUGAUUAAGACUUUUUGUAUAAAGAUAAGGGAAAAAUAAAAAAAAAGUUUCCACUGGUUGUUUAUUACCUUGCCAUGUUCCACAGUUAUAAAUAUAAUUCACAUCUAUGGAUUCUGUCUUUACUACUGCAGUUUAGCACUCAAACGUGUGGGUCUCCAGGAGCCACAUGAAGUGAAAAUACAAUCUAGUGGCUCAGUUUCAUUGUGCUGGUGUCCAGUAUUGAACCAAGAACUACAGCAGCCAUUUUCAUCUUAAUAUCAAUAAUGUCUUCUCCAGCACUCUUCUCCUUUUGACUUUCCCCUCUUGAUGAAAAAAUGUCAGCUUGUUAUGUGUUCUCCAGUGUUCCUUGUUGGCUUAAAGUUUAAUUUGUCAUGAAGAGCAACAUUUUUUUUUAUAUCAAAAGAAAAGCUUGGCUGUUCUACAACCACUUGCUUUCAGUGAAGUUGCCACCAACAAUAGCAGUUACAGGCGUCCAACUGCACCUCCGUUUUCAAAACCUUUGAAUCUUACUGAUCAGUCGUGUCACUUUUUGUAUUUUGUAAAUGGACUUCUUUAAAGUGGAAAAAAAAAAACUUGAUCAAGGGGCAAGCUUUAAUACCUUUGUAAAUAUUUGUUCACAUUUUGUAUUUUUAUUGUCGCCUUUAAUGGGCAUUUGCAAGCAUUGGUUGCUGGAUAUCCAGAUAAAUGGCUUGUCAUUAAAUAACUGAUUAAAAAGGGAGACAAUGAAAAUGGGGGUGAGGGAGGACAAAAUGAUCAAAGCACUUCAUUUGUUAGAAAAUGAUGCAUGAUGCAAAAUGUGCCCACUGUAUAUAGUUUUAUACAUUCUGACUUGUUUAUGUCAAAAAUGGGGGGAGGACAAUGGGAAAGUUUAAGUCCCACCUGUGUGCUUGUAUGUGUGCGCGGCACUCACUGCUUCCAAAGUGUCCACUAAAUGGAAGAGAAUAUAGCAGAUUAAGAAGCUGGGUGGGGUGUGAAUUUUUUUAUAUAUAUAUAUAUAUAUAUGUAAAUAUACUGUACAUGUAUACACCAAUUCAAGCUUUUCAAAUAUUUUCUCUUCUGCCAUUUUUUUUUUUUUUUUAAACAAGACAAAAGUAGAUAAACAUUUACAGUACGCUUUGUUAUGUAGUAGUUACUUUAGCAUUUCUCUCACAUUACAAUGACUCAUUUUAUUCCCUUUUGUAUUGCUGCUGCCGUUUUGUAACCAGUUCAUCAUGCAUCCGUCACGGUUAAACCUCAUAUGCCUUUAUCUUGUCAAACCUUUCCCAGGCAAUCGUUAUACAAUCAUGAUGUUCCUACCUUGAUCUUCCUUUUGUUCCAGUAGAGCAGAUUCCACCUAGUGAUACGUUUAUAUUUUGAAAAGUCGCCGUUGAAGAGAGGGGCUUUGGCCCACUAUGAUGUACUAAAAUGGGCAGGUGGCUGACCAGGAACUCUCAAACAAGUGAGUAGAGUUGUAUUAAUUUGCUUGUCUGAAAUGUUUUUUGUUAGUCACACUUGGUUGGCCAGUUCUAAAUCUUUCCACUUGGACAUGCGGAUUUCUUUGAUUAAUGGAUUGUUUUUCUUAGGGUAAUAUUUUUCUGUGCAUCUGAUCCUUUUCUGACCACAAAUAUCGAACUGAAUAAUGUUGGUCAGUAAUAAUUACAUUUUGAAACAAAAGCCAGUGUGAUCAGACCUUACACUGUAGGUUUCACACUGUACUUUCUGUGUGAAAGUGCAGAUAGCAAGAUCACCUUGCUCAGGGUCCAGCCCUGGCAUUUAAGGAAGGUGUCAAAAACUGAACUGUAUGGACAGAACAGUCUUUUGUUCCUCACCUGUAAUCUAACAUAAUCUAUUCUGGAAGGCCAUGGUUUGUUAAUCAUUAUUUGGCUUCACUUUAAAUGGACAGUUUUCUUAAUUAUCUUAGAUGUGAAUUAGAGUUGCCUCUCAGGAGAUCCAGGCAACGUAACCUCAUUUUCAAGAAAUUUUGUGCACAUGUGUUUUACCUACUGUUUUCUCAUAACUGUGGCAUGUGGGAUCGCCUCUCCAUUUUUUUUAAGUACCUAAUAAAAAUAUCUAUUGUUUGGAUUAAUUCAUACAUUUGGACAGAAAACUGCUGUCCUAUAGAAUGCAACAAAAAAAGUAUACGUAAUCAUUAUUCAAAGAAAACUCCACUUGUCUGCUGCUCUGUAUAUGGAAGUCUGAUCUGGACAAAGAACUAGGCGUGCAGCUCACUUUGAGAUGUGGAUCAGCCAUCAUAUAAGACAGGUGUCUGCAAACAUAGUCCUGGAGGGCUCUAAUGGCUACAGGGUUUUGUUUGUUUAAUCCGAUUACUUAAUUGGUAACCAAACCUUGGAGGUCUUAUUUAACUUUAUGGCUUUUUUGUGUUUUUAUUCUGCCAUGUUGUCACAUUGUUAUAUCAUAGAAUUUUUUUUUCUUUUCUAAUGAUAUCAUCCAAAUAAUUUGUUUCCUGAAGUGCAUCGCCAAUUCUGAGCCCAUCACUUGUUUUUUUUUUUUGUUUUUUUCCUUUAGUUUCCUUCCAAAUAUUUUAUGAAACUAGAUAGUUUUUGGUGAAAAUACUCAUGUAUAAUGGAAGCAGAUGAGAUGGAGAACUGCUGGUACCUUUGUCAUUUACAUCUUAUUGCUCAUAAGGAGAAAUUAAAACAGUGAUUGCAGCCUUUUAAGACUAAAAUAAGCAGUUAAAGGUGGAGAAUCUUAAGUGAGGCAUCUGAUAUGAAGCACAAAAAUGGCAUCAACAACAAUGAUUAAGUUCUCAUUAAGGAAAUUUGGCUGGAACAAAAACCUGCAGCCACCACAGCCCUCAUGGACCGACUUUGCGGACACCUGACUUGAGCCAUUAACUACAAUAAAUACUUACUGAUGGGUUUUUACCCCCAAUAGCAACUUUAUCUUUAUCCUGAUUCUGUAGCAGUUUUGAAAAACAGGAUAUCCAUUGACUGCUUUUGUUGCUGAAUUCCUUUCCACUCUUUUUCUCUCUUUUGAAGAUUUUGUUUUCAUUUCAAGAACUUGAUCAGUCUACAUGAAGAUUCUGUAAGCCUAGUUAUUGGUUACUUGGCAAAAUACUAAGAGGAUGCAUGCCAAGUCCUGCUUUGUUCUUAGGCUGUAAUGAUCCUGCCCUUGUAAUCUUAUUCCAAUAUUACAAAUCUGACUUGCUAAUUUCCCUUACCUGCAUUUGUUAGGAUAUGAAAUAUCAAAGGCCAUCCGCCUUUGUGUUCUGUGGUGGAUGGUAAUCGUGUUCUCAGUAUUUAAUGGCAUGGCCAUAUUACUUAGAAGGUGAUCACACAUUUUAUUAAUUUUUCUUAUUUGAAGUCGGAUUGUGAUAGUCUAACAUUGAGCAAUGGUUCUGGCCAUAUUUCACUGUGGGGAGAAUAUAAAUAAUGUAUAAUUCUUUACAUUUAUAUAGCGCUCUUCACAUAGAAUGUGUGUGUGUGUGUAUAUAUAUAUAUAUAUAUAUAUAUAUAUAUAUAAUAGAAUUAUUUAUUAAUAUAUAAUAUAGGGACAUUUUCAAUUGUCGUUCAUUGCACAAAUAGACACAGUACAAAAUACAUUUAAUGAUUAAAUGUACAGGAUAUGUAAUUAAUGAUGGUAAUGAAUUCAUUUGAUAUUCAUUUUACAUUUUGAAGAAAACAUGAUGAAGGUGUUGUCCUUUUCUCUGUACACAUUCUUAGAGCCUGUUGUGGAAAUUCUGCAUUGCUCGAUGUAACAUGUCAAGAGGAAUGCCAGCGAUUUCCUCUUCAGUCUUCCUUUUUAGUUCAGCAGUGGUUGCAAGACGUGUGCGGUACACUUGGCUUUUAAGAUGUCCCAGAUCUGGGGAUCUAGGAGGCCAUAGAAUGUCGCUGUUGAGUAAAAUGAGGUGCCUUCGAAACAAUCGUCGAAUAGCUGCCAUCAAUUGUUAGGCAGUAUGCGAAGUGACUGCACCUGGGGACUUCUUUUUUUUUUUUUUGAGGCUGAACCCAUUUCUUCGAAAUUACGCACCCAUGUUUGUAAACACACGAGCAGACGGGACACGAUCAUGACAUCCUAACUGGUAAUGAUGCCGAAAUUCCCUUUGCGCAGCAGUCACACUAUCACCAUUCUUGUAAAAGGCUUUCACAGCAGUCGCUUGUUGCGCACCACUCCACUGCUCCAUUAUCACUAAUGGCAAGGGGUUCUAAAUGAGGUCGCAAACAGCUGCUGACGCCCCAGGGUCGCCAACACCUACUUCCAAAGUCUCCCAUUUCCCUGCGCCACCAUGCUCAACUUCACUUAGUAAAGAGAAAAUUUGUCAUCUGUAAAACAUUUGGUCAACUACAGAUUUAAACUCAUUCUGGUUUUUGGAUGUUUAAGUGUUUUAGAAAAUGGUUUUUAAGUAGGAGAAUUGUAACACCUGCCUAACUUAGCCUCUCUUCUUGGUUAUUCUAGGCUCUUCAUGCCUUCUAGGUGUAGUGCCCUAAAAUCUACCAGAUGUUCUGUUUUAAAUCAUGCCAACUCAAAAUACACAAGACACUCUCUUUGCCGCAAGGUAGAUGAUGUAUGACCCGUUGCACCCAUGGGCUGGACUUUUAAUGAGAUGGCUUAUGAUGGAGUUGUACUACUCUGGUCUUGGUCAUCUCAGCAGCAGUUCAUUUUGAUUUCCCACCAGUGUGUUUCCAAUUCCCCAAAAAAAAAAAAAACUCUUGCAUUGUAUGCAACUUUCUUUCAGCUCCAUCACUAGUUACCUGUACCCUGUAAUGUUGGAGGAUGAUCCUUACCAUGGGAACAUGAUGAUUGUUGUCUUUCUGCCAAGAUGACGCCAUUGAGCAUGUGAUGUGUUUUCACCCCUGCUGAUAACACAAUUUUCUACCAAACGUUGCUAUUGUAUGUAAAAUUGGUCCACUUUGUUUUCUCUGCUCUGUAAAUAUUUUUUUUUAUUUAUGUCUGUAUAAUCAAUCCUUUUGGGUUGGUGGUAUGAAGGAAUGCACUUUUUUUUGCAAUAUUGAAGUGCAUUAAAAUAAUUAGACUUGUAAGAAGUCAACAUUUAAUAAAAUGUUUUAUGACCUUUUAA